AUUUGUAAUAAUAUUAAUACUUUGCGUUAUUACAGUAUUAUUAGGAGUGGCGGUAAAUGUAUUUGUAUUGAUGUUUUUGUAACUGUAGUAGUAGUAAUAACAAUAAAAAUAAGUAGGCUAUUAUUAGUCGUUUUAGUUGGAUUGUUAUUAUAUACUAAAAUGUAAUUGUUUAAAAAUAUUUUCAAAUAAAUUAUACAUAAUAUUAUAUAUAUACAUUUAUAUUAUUAUAAGAAAUAGUGAAUUUAUUAUAUUAUUAUUAUCAUUAACGCCCAUAGUAGCAGUAGUUGUCUAGUAGUACUAGUAUUUUUUCUCUUGCCUAUUUGGUUCUCCUUUCAUUUUCAAGGUAUUCCUUUCCAGAAAAGAGAUCCCUCCUCCGAGAUGCAAUGCUAGACAAACACACCGUUUGGAUUUGUUAAAACGCCUAGUUGACUACCAAAGUAUAAAGGGAACUUUCAUCAUGGAGAACAGCUUAAGCCAAGAAGCAGAGGACAACCCCUAUCUGUGCUUUCAGAGAACACCGUCUCUCAGACGUAAAUGGAGGAAACGCUACGGAGGCCUGGAUGGUAAUAAACUGCUGGAGCCAAAUAAGGAGGAUGACACAAGAGAGAAUGGAGAGCUGACAGAUGCCCUCACCGACAGGAACGCAGACCCUGUGAAGUUUACUGCGUCUAAGGAAACAAAAGCUGCAGGGAACAUUCCACAACCUGUGCCAAGAAAUACAUUUCCAUCCCAGAGGCCAGUCAAUUACGUCUCUCCAGGCUCUACAGGCAUGCCAUCUUUUAUAAGCAAUGGAGGCAUAAAACGAACAGUACCAGAGCAGGACAAACUUCAUGCCAGCCAAGCCAGCCAAGCAUGGCAACAGUUGGGCCGACCGGAAAUGAAUCAAGGUCAUAUUAAGAAAAAAGUGGCUGCUGAUGUGCUGUUUGAUAGUUUUGCCUCUGGGGGAAGAGUCAACUGCAAUCAGUUUUUUGAGGCCCUGUGGAGCUCAGGAAUCAUCCGAACAGACCCACGGAUUAAAGACUGCUACAGCCUGAUGCGGAAAUUACAGGAAGCCGAUGGAAGCGUUGACAGGAGCACUUUUCACAGGUGCGUGACUGGCUUUGUGUCUUUCAUACUGAAGGCAUUGCAGGGAAGAUUUGUCAUUCCAGAUUUCUCCACAUUCACAGAGGAAACACAAAAGCUGUUCAUUAAAUGCAAACAACUCUCCUCUGUGAAGGGGAAAGAAGAUGUAAGAGAGAGCGCCACAAAAUGGGGCAUUUCAGUUUGUACUGUGGAUGGACAGAGACUUUCUUUAGGAGACUGGGCUGAACCUUGCAUUCUGGGAGAGAUUUCCUGGCCUCUCAUAUACGGUCUAGCAGUAGACCAGCAAGGAUCUGACUACGUGCACAGAUUUGUAGGGAUGGAGGAAUAUUCCAAAUACGAGUCUCCAUUUACCCUGAACAAGCAAGGUGUCCCUCAUAGUCCACUGGUUGAGACAGGAGCCAUUAUCUGCACUUCUUUGUUACAGCUGGCAACCAGACCAGUCACUGACGAGGAAGAAAAGUACGAGUCUGUUUUGAAUAUCAUCAGGAGACUGUGCAACAAAGAGCAUGCAAACCUAAACUGCACCAGUUAUCAAAACCUGCGAAAAGACAUCAUCCAUCUCCACGCGCUUUCAUUUUACUUACAAGAGAAGAAAUGCUUUCCAGAAGGUGUGGGGAUCAACUCUACGCUGGAUUUACUGUUACAGUGUUUAUCGACAGAAGUCACCUGCGAGUCUGGCGCUGCCCUGGCUGCCACCCUAGCUAACGGGGGACUGUGCCCUCUGUCAGGUGACCAGGUGAUGUCUCCCCACGCCGUCCGCAGCACGCUAUCUGUGAUGCAGGUGGCUGGAAUGAAUGAUUAUUCCAGAAUGUUUCAUUUCAAGACAUCUGUGCCGGCUAAGUCCAGUCAGUCUGGUGUCGUGCUGAUCGUGGUUCCUGGAGUUCUGGGACUCAUGUGCUGGUCUCCAGGACUGGACUGCAAUGGAAAUUCAUGGAGGGGUGUCCAUUUCUGUGAGGAGCUGGUUUCAAACUUCCAGCUGCACAGUUUUGACAUUAGGACUCCAUUCAGACAGGUGCUGUGCUACAGACAGUGGAAAGUGGAAUCAGAGGGAUACCAAAUUAUGAAUGUACUUUUGGCUGCUUACAGAGGGGACAUAAUAUCUCUGCGCAGGUACCUUCUGUCAGGAGCAGAUGUGAAUGCUGUAGAUUAUGAUGGACGGUCAGCGCUGCACGUGGCAGCCUCUGAGGGCCGUCUGGAUGUCAUCAAGUUCCUGGUGGAGAACGCAGGGGCAAACUCCACACUGAAGGACAGGUGGGGAAAAACAGCCUUACAAGAGGCCAUGAGAUGCAAUCAAGACCCCGCCAUUCAGUUUCUGAAGAAACACACAGAUUAUGAAGAAAGUGUAUGAUUACAUAACUCAUUGGGUGCAUUCAUUUGGGUUUGAUAUCUACAUUCAAGGUACACAUAGACAUGGAUUAAAUUUAGAACGAAGAGGUGGUUAUAAAGAGCAGCAAAGACUUGGAUGGAGAACAUUAGUUGUAUUCUGCUGGCAACAGUCCCAGACAACCAUUCACCGCUUAUUGAGAAUUACUGAAAGAGACUGAAACCUUGUUUUCUCAAUAAAUACUUCAACAGCA